AAGCGAUCGUUCCUGCGCCGGGGCGUGGUGGCUCCACCCGGCUGGGGCCGGCGUCCUCGAAGUUAGGCCGACCCCGGGUCGGUUUCGGCCGGUGGGGGCCCCUCUCAGGCCCCAGGACAAUGGCGGUGUUUCACGACGAGGUGGAAAUCGAGGACUUCCAAUAUGACGAGGACCUGGAGACGUAUUUCUACCCCUGCCCUUGUGGCGAUAACUUUUGCAUCACGAAGGAAGAUUUGGAGAACGGGGAAGAUGUGGCAACGUGUCCUAGCUGCUCUCUCAUUAUAAAAGUGAUUUAUGACAAAGAGCAGUUUAUGUGUGGAGAAACAGUCCCAGCCCCUUCCACCAACAAAGAAUUAGUUAAAUGCUAAACAAAGACUUUCGGAAUCCAAAUCCUGAACAUUCAGGAAUGAGCCAAGCUGGAAAAAUCAAGGCACAGUUCCUGGCUUCCUCGGGACAACCGCUUUAUAGUUUGCUGCUGUGGAUUCUUUCCAUCGGCUCUGAGUUCAUCUCCAAUUAAAGAAGCAAGUCCAUGACGUGACAUACCUGGAUUUCAUGCCUAGAACUUUGAAUUGGAAAAAGUGUUCUUUAUUUUCCACAUGAAUUUAAAGGAAGAUAAUUUCCAGUCAGUGCUUUCAUUCCCUCAGUGUUGUUAUUUUUAUCUUAUACCUAAUUUAUUAUCUGAUAACAUCGUCUACCUCAAAGUCAUUUGGGUUCCUUCAUUUAAAAAAGGAUUUUAUUUUUUAAUUGGUUAUUAGGAUUAUUAAAAUUAGGCCUUUUUGAAAUUGACAUCAGGUUUGGUAUUCUAACUUAAGAAAAUGAGUUGCCUUGUCAGUACUGCUCUGACGUUCCCACUCCAAGCCAGUCUUCUGGGUCUGGCCAUUAACAACGUUCUUGUUUUGUUAGGCACGUCUUUUCCAUUGUACUUCGUGCUCUGAGUUCUAGUCACAGUAUUUUAGAGAUAAUAUAAUAAGCUCACAGUUUUUUCCAGAGCUAAAAGUUAGAAAGAAAAGUCAAAAAGUGAAAUAGGAUAUGGAGUUUCCUGUCAACAUUCUGCAUGUUCCUUGAAAAUCAGGAUAAGACAAAAAGGAAAACAGCCCAGGAAGUGAAAUUGGCAACAUGAUGAUGGGAGAAAAACAAGGCAGCUCAGUAAGUUAAAUGCUUGAACGUUGUCGCCAUAUCAGAGAAAAUAAUAUUUCUGUAUCUGGGUUCUUGUUUGUUUGUUGCUUGUAGACAUGGUUAAUGCAAGUGCAUUCUAGAUAGGGGUUAAUGUCAGGUCUUCAUGGCUGGCGGCAGAACGUUUAGCAUUCCCAAAAAAUCAAGUCACUACUCCUAAAAAUAAAGCUUUUACAAAUCUUAUAUUUUCUGAGGAAGAACUUGAAAAUGAGAUGCCUAUUCUCAAUAAGUAUGCCCCCGAGAGCACAUCUAAUAAGCCUCUACAAGUUGUCACCAAACCAAACAUUCACUCUUACAGAGAAAUGUUGCCCUGGAGAAAAAGAGAUAUGCAAAGAUAGGCUAUCAAGUCUUCCUUCUCUGCAGUGCUGAGAGUGGCAAGAAAUUAGAAUCACUUACAUGCAAAUUCAAAAAUUCUCUUUAUAUACACAAUUUUGCUGUAUGUAUGAAGUUAAAAAAAACGAACACUGAUGUCUGGCAGUGUGUGGGGAAUGGCUCCUACAAGUAAGGAGAAAAAUUCCUGCCAGAAUGUAAACAUUGUAUUACUGGGUGAUAAACAAGCUACACAUACUCAUUAGGAUUUAAAACAAGUGAGUGGCCUUUUUUUUUCUUUGCCAGCCAGCAGCAUGGCCAUGUGGAGUCAUUAGCUGAGACAAAAUAAAUUACCAGAAAUGUGUGCCGGAAGUACUUGGUACAUUACAUGAAGCGUUAUGUGGCAUAUUCUUGAUGUGAUGAGAAAUCUCAUUGCUGUUUGGGGCACUGGCACCCCAGAAGUCAUCCACACUUGCUUUGGAAUCGGUGAUGGCUCCGAUGAACAGAGCAGGUGCUGACUUGAUUAGAAAUGAGCUGCAAACAAAAACAAACUGCCCAUAUGGAAAUGUUGAUGGCUUUGUAGAUACCAAUGAUGUUAGCUCCCUCGGUUAAUGAUGAAUUUGAAUUUCAAACAAGAACAGGGACCCUUGAUACAGGUCUAUGAGCACAGAAGAGCAGGGGGAAAGUGGCCCGAGUCCAAGCUUUUCUAGAGAAAAGCAUAAACGGCUAUCGGUGAUCAGUGCUAAGCUGCAAUCAUGGGAAUGAUUUUGUUUCCAAAGCAACUGAGUCACUAAAUUUGUUAACUAUAAUAGAACACAUCAGGAUUUAAUUUAAAUUUCUGUAGAGCAGAGAGUAAAACCAGAAUCUUUCAGACAUGACUAGAGUUGUGUGUGAUUUAUGUGCCUUAUUUAAUUCAGCAGAUCUUUCUGGAGCACCUCUGAGAAAUUUGUAAUUCAGCCUCUGUCUUACUAGCUUUGUAAUCUUUGGCAAGGCCAGUGGAUUCUUUAUCUGCAUACUUAGGAGGAGGCUGAAUCAGGUGAGUUUUAAACGGUCACUUCAGGCUUCGUAACUUGCAGGAGCUGAAAUGGUCAUGGAAACCUUUAUAAACUCAAAACUGUCUAAAACAUGAAUUUUAAGAAAGAGGCUUCAUUCUUCAGUAACUUGAUGUUACCACACUUUUGAGUUUGAAAAUUGUAAAAUCAACUGUGUAAAUGAUUAUGCAUAUCCUUUACACAUUUAAAAUCAUUUUCUUAGCCCUCAACAUUUUUAUAACUGUAUAUAUUAAUUUAUUACCAGAAUAAUUGUAUUGGUAUGCUCAAUAAAGUCAGAUAAUUCAAAUCUA